AUGGCCAUCAAGAUCGUGGCAGCAGAAUGGCCUUUCCUAAAACCAGACAUAUUGUUGUUAAGAGAGUUGUCGAUAAAAGGCAGCUGCUGUUUGAGGACCAGUCUUUCGUAUAUCUUGAAUAAGACGGGUAGAAUUGCGUUAGGUCUAAAAUCAUCAUGGGUCUUUGGUGCUUCUGUUUUAGGAAUGGGAGAUAUUCUUGAGAUCUUCCAAGCAGAGGGAAAUGAGUUAGCAUCAAUACAGGAGUUUACAAUGUGUGUCAGAGGAGCUGCAAUUAUAUCAGCAACUGCUUUAAG